AUGGGCGCCGUCGGAGGAUACUUUGCCAUAAAAUGGCUGCUGAAGAGCCGUUCCAAGACUUCUGCAACUCAGACAGAAAAGCCUGUGGAGGAACCGCUGUCAGACACGACCUCCAAGGAGGCGGUCGCUGACCUCAAGUCGAAAUACAGGGCACCAUGCGCCUGUCCCACCGAACAUGAUACGUUGCCGGUGCUUCCAUCACGCUCACCGAGACGUACGUUAUGCGAAGAGGCGCAUGGCGAAGAGCUGCACGACGAAACCCCAGUCAGCGUCCUGCCCUCGUCCUGCCUCGACCCCGCGCGCCCUCUCUUGCCAUUGCAUUGGUCUGUGAGCGACCAUGUUUCAUUCGACAAGCUGGCCAGGGCCCGUCGCCAGGUCAACUCUCCGAACGUCCCGGUCAUCGUGCCAGAGCUGUGCAGCAAAGGGUACAUUCUCACCGAUACGCUUGCCCGGUUCGACUGGUUCUCCCGCAUCUACUUUCACAAAGGCAGCUUUGAACAGAGAUCUCGAGUCACAAGCCAGAUACACAGAGGCUCGCUGGAGCACUACAUCGCAUGCCCCCACCAGAGCAUCAGCGUCUCUGAGCCGACAUUUGGGGAGAAGAAUGGAAAUCAAGAGGUGCAGGCAUGGGUGACCGCCAGACCGCCCCGAUGUGAAUCACAUCCAAUGGAGAGGUGGGAUGAUCGAUCUGGCCCUUAUAUUCAUAGGACCGCUUGUGGCAUCUGCGAUGUAGACGUAGAGUGCACGAUAGACGUUCGGAAGGGGUAUUUCAUGAGAGUGAGGUUUACCUGUCGACGCGGCCUGGGCGCGGGUUUGGAUCCAAGUGAUCCGAAAUGGGUUGCUCUGAUGACAGGCAACGGGCAGACUAAGUAG